UCACAUCAGACGGUGCCUUUUCAGGAUGAAAAUAUCUAAUAACAGAGCUCAAAGUGUUUUUACUACGAGACAUUCUACUGGCAGAAUUUAUUGUUUGGAAGGGUAAAAAGUGUCGCGCGCAUCUGGUUAGAUUUUGAUGCGCACGAUGGGUAUAAUUUAAUAGAAUUGGGUGGACUACCCGUUCGUAAUCACGCAAUGCCAUCAGAGGACUCGUCAUAUAAUAGCUAAUGUAAAGAAGCCAGCGCGACGUUCAUCGAAACCACUUCCAAAAGAGACAAUCGUCCAAGAAGUACCUGGUAUUCUGCCCGCUGCAAGUCUCAUCUCAUCAUGAAGCUGAUCGUAUUUCUGUUCAUCAAUUUCGUGGCUUACGCCGCUAGCGAGCAGUAUGCCUAUUCGGCAAACCUCGAGAAGGUGACGAAGCAAGCGAAUCCAUGGAUGAUAGUUGAUACCUACGGUGAUAGUUCGGUAGAGGAAGUCGUGAUCCCGGAGGAAAUCACCGAUGAUGAUGGUUUAACGAUUGAGUAUUCAAUCAAGGAUGAAUCCGAUAAUGUGGUGGCUGAAGGCAGUGGCCCCCUCUGCAGUGAGCCCGACUCCAUGGAUGAGCUGAUGGGAUCCCUCCUAGGACAAUUUCUGGAUGUGGAUCUAGAAUGUCCCAUAUCAAAGCAAAAAGGUAAAAGGGUCGCUACUUACCAAACUGGACCGAUUGAACUGGCCGAAGACCCCGGCUCGGGCCAACUCUUCUCUGAUAUUUCCAUCAAGAAGGGCGACCAGGCGAUUGUAACUGUAUCCGUCUAUGGCAGAACAAAGUAAUCCUUCGUACAUCUGAUAAUUAUUUCGUCGUGUUUUAUUGGGCAAGGAUCUAGGAAUUUUAAUUGCAAUGGAACUGAAAUUGAAUGAGUAAAAAUAAUGAAUAGAGAAUAUGGAAAGUAUUCCAACUAUUGAUUUAAUUCUCUGAUUAUCUACUGAUCCUCCUCUGAUUUUAUGACAUAGAAUUCGCGGAUUUAUGAAUUAUCUGGAGAUAGAAUACAUAAAAAUUCUGCAUGCUCUCAUGCAAUUGAGUAUUGACUGUUGUUUCAAUUUAUCAAUGAUAUGUAUUUGGCGUUAAUGCGAAAGGACUGAGAAAUGAAUAAUAAUUCUUCAUCACGAUUGUACAUUUAUUCUCUGUCUUCUCAUAAACUUUAUGAACUUGGAAACAGUAUCCAUGGAAUACAUUUGAGCAUCUCCUCAAAAUAACAUGAUUACUCGCAACAAUCACUUCAAUAUCUGCAAUAAACUGAUUCAUAAUA